CAGACCUCGGGGAAUGACAGUUACUGAUUGUAAAUUUUCCGUCCUAGUGGCUUUUGAAACCAACAAAAGCCAUCUUGACAAGUUGCAAAAAUGGCCCAACUAAUCCAGUGGUUCUGUACCCGAUCUGUGUCUCUAGUCCAUCGCGAAAAGGCUCCUCUUUCCAAUUUUCCAUUCCUCCGUCUCCCACGAGAGAUUCGCGAUCAAAUAUAUCGAGAGCUGCUAACCCGGCCCGACCAUGAUGAGAUCUUCAUCCGAUGGUCCGACGAAUCAAAACGAUGGUCCGACGUGACGAAGCAAUGCUAUUGUCGGCGUAAGAGGGAAUACAACGGAUGUACAAGGCCGCUGGACACUGCUAUCUUGUACACCUGCAAGGUUGUGCAUGAGGAAGCGCUGCUAGCCCUCUACGAAAACAGCAAGAUCUGGAUCGAUGCCCCCCCUGCAAAGGCUCUUGAAUUCCUCUCAUCUCACUCAUUCGUGGGAGUAAGAGGGAUCCGUCAUCUCAAGCUAACCAUGAGCACGUUUGCAGAUCGCACAAAAAGGUCGUCUGAGGAAACAUGGCUUUGGAGUUUGGUAAAGAAAUACAUCGAUAGCGAAAGACAGGAUCCGGAAUUAUACUUGAUUGAUCCCUGGUUAGAUCUUUUUGCCUUCAUUCGGAAGAAUCUCCAGCAUUUGCACACCCUUCAUAUCUGCCGACGCAGAGAAUUACCUCUCUAUUUUCUGCCUCGUGAUGAUGAAUUCGCUAGAAUGCACAACUUCUGCAAGCGAGACUGGAUGGACCAAGUACGCAUAACUCCUCAGAUUUCCACUCUCCUUGUGGACGUCGACUGUUUGAGCUAUGAUCACGUAUUUCCGUUCGAGGUUGACUCGUUGCAUGGGUUGCGAAAAGAGCUUUCCCACGUCUCGGGGUUUAAGGAAGUAGCCGCGGACUGGGAGCUCUAUGCUGUGGUCUCUGAAGAUGAUUGCUCAAAGGGUAGACCCUAUUCCCGUUUCUGGCUCUCGCUCACUCGAAGAGAUCCAUCACAAAGCCGGAACGACGAAGAUGCCCUGACCCCGCUUCCCCUAUUUGAGAAAAGCUUUACGAUGGAUGACUCGUUCGGUUUCAAGAUUUGGAACUGGCGCGACCCGAAUCUAGAUAGCCAGUAG